UAAAGGGAGAAACCAUAUAGAACCACCACCAGCACUUCCUUCUUGAACUACGCAUCCUUCUCCUAAACUCAUGACUUCAUCGGUCGGUGGCGGAGGCAGAUACAUGGCCUUCUCUCCGUCGCCUUCCGCCCCUCACUCUCCCCAUCUAUCCGGCCUUCGUUCCGCCGCCGCCGCUCUCCUUGACCAAGAGAAAUAUCUCUCGGAGUUACUGGCAGAGCGUUACAAGCUUAGUCCAUUUAUGACAGUGAUUCCUCAUACCUGUAGACUGUUGAACCAAGAAAUUUUGCGUAUAACUACACUGUUGGGGAAUGCAUCAGUUUUAGGUCAAAAUGGGCUUGAACAAGCUAGCCCCCUGGCUUCUGGAGGAACAUUUUCAAAUGGAGGAGCCGAUAUGAACAGAUGGAUGUCACAGUUUCAAUCAGAAAUGCCUGGUUUAGUACAACCCUCUUUGGCGGAGAACUGGCUGAAUUCUCAAGGUGGCUCUUCCGGUCUUAUUGUUAAGAGAACAAUCAGAGUGGAUAUUCCUGUCGACAAGUAUCCUAACUACAAUUUUGUUGGCCGCCUCCUUGGUCCUAGGGGCAACUCUCUUAAGCGUGUGGAGGCAAAUACGGAGUGCCGUGUCCUUAUAAGAGGUCGGGGCAGUAUUAAAGAUCCUGCUAGGGAGGAAAUGAUGAGAGGAAAACCUGGGUAUGAACAUCUGAAUGAACCUCUUCAUAUCCUAAUUGAGGCAGAAUUACCCGUUGAAAUAGUUGAUGCUCGCCUAAUGCAAGCACGCGAGAUACUUGAAGAUUUGCUGAAGCCUACUGAUGAAUCCCAGGAUUUCUAUAAGAAACAACAGCUGCGAGAGCUAGCAAUGCUGAAUGGUACACUUCGUGAGGAAGGCUCUCCAAUGUCUGGUUCUUUAUCCCCUUUCCAAAACAGCCUCGGAAUGAAGCGAGCAAAGACUAGGGGGUAAAAGGAUCCCUUCUCGAGGCCUGUUGGAGCUUGUGUCUUAGUGUCUGCCGUAAGCCAGCAGUUUUCCCGGACAUUGCAGGUAUUGGCUAUAUAUAGGCAAAUGCCUCCAUGCACGAUCGGGGCACUGGCAUGGGCACUGUUACUGUUGUGUGCCAGUUAAGUUAGGUUGUUCUAACUUAUUUGUUUGAUAUAUGAAGUGUGUUUAUGUUGUGUGUGUUGGGAGAGGUUAAAUGCUAGUAUUAUUUUUAUACAGUGAGCAAUGGGUGUGCGUUCAUUUUCGGGGUUUCGGGUUUUGCAUUCUGCAUGUUGGUUGAAACAGAUAAAAUAGCUGUAUGUAGGUUGUAGUGGUAUUAUUAGCUCGUCUUCUUAUUAUAGUUAAGCUUUGUAAUAAUUGACAGUUUUGAAGUGAAGGGACCUAUGUAAAGUAAAUGCGAGGAAAUUAAAGGUAUGGUUUGUAUUGUA